GUGGUGAUAUGGAAGAUUUGGAUAAUAAGUGGAUUUUGCAAGGGGGUGAUAAGUGUGAUAAUAAAAAUGAAAAAUUCCCUGCAACCUUAGGAUUGAAGAAUAUGGCAGGAGUGUUCAUCUUGGUUGGGGCAGGAAUAGUGGGCGGUAUUGGACUUAUUAUUAUAGAGAUUAUUUAUAAGAAACAUCAAACAAGGAAGCAGCGUCGAAUGGAAGCUGCAAGGAAUUGUGCAGAUAAAUGGAGAGGAACCGUUGAGAAGCGCAAGACAUUAAGAGCCACACUCCUAAACCAGAAAAGACCAAAAAGUAACGGAAUGGAAGCCUUUACUGUUGAAAGAGGAAUGAGAGGAUUGAUGACAAUGACAUCGACAACAACCACCACCAUAACUACAACAGUAACUAAUGUGGAUCCUCCCCCUCCACCACCACCGCCACGAACGGUACCGCCUUCUGGUAUCCUACCAUCUAUACUAACAGUCGAUAUACCACCGAACGAACCCGAUCCCGAUAUUCAUAACAUCCCACCUCCUCCACCACCACCUUCUUCCUCUCCAGCAAUACGUUUGAGAGGAAGAAGAGUGGUUUACGCAUCUAGAAAUCAUCCCGAAUAUAGUGCACACGAUGCAACAGUUUAAAAUGGUACAAGUUAAAAUUGUGGUGCUAUUAACGGUAUUAAAUAAAUAAAUAAAUAAACAUUUUAAGCAAUGAUAUUGAUUUGAUAUUUCGCUAAAUGUUAAUAAAAAAUGAAAAGAGCAU